AUGAGCUUCGGCAAAAACAAGAUCAGCAGAGACAAGGUCCAUAUAGAGAAACAGGCGCUGCAUGCAAUCAUAGGACCGGAUUGCUGGAAGCGUACAGUUCCGCAAGAUUGUCAAGUUUCACUAGAAAUGACGACGGACUUUGCUAAGGCUGCCCAGUCCGAUGAGCUUCGAUAUUCGCUGAACUACGCGGUGAUCUCUAAAGACAUUGCGCAAUUCGUGGACCCUGCCAAAAACUUCAAGUCCCUCGGCAAGCUGGCAGAACAGUUGCUACUUCACGUGAAGGGCCGGCACCCGGGAAUCGAACAUCUGGCGCUGAAAGCGGAGGCUAAGGACGUCCACAUUAGAUCGGAAAACGUCGGAGUGGUAGUUCACACGCCGCAAUUGGCGCACAAACCAGACGAGCUUGUUGUUUCAGGCCUGAAAUUGUUGACUUUGAUUGGCGUUUUCACCUUCGAGCGCUUGCAGAAACAGUAUGUUACUGUCGAUAUCCAUAUGCCUUGGAGUAUAGCAUCGAAUUCGAACAUCAACCAUCAGGAACUCAUCGAUGACGUCGUUGAGUUUGUCGAGUCUUCCAACUUCAAGACUGUCGAAGCCCUAGUAGAGUGCGUGGCUCAAAUCACGCUUCAAAAUGUCUACUUCUCGCAGAAUGCGGAAGCGCCUGUGACUGUCAAAGUCAUCAAAUUGAAUGCUAUUACUGCCACCCAGGGCGUUGGCGUUAGUUGCACUCGUUUCCGGCGAGACUUCGCGGGAAAAGCUUCUUUAAAGCCCAUCUCUCAAUUGAACGCCUCUACAGUUUUUGAUUUGCCAGCCUCACAAUCCAUACGCGUUCUGACAAAGAAGUCAAGUACAGCUUUCGUGGCGUUUGGUUCUAACGUUGGCGAUCGCAUUGCCAACAUACAAUGCGCUAUCGACCUUCUGAACUCCCACGCCAAAGUUCGUGUCCAGAAUAUUUCUUCUAUCUUCGAGAGUGAGCCCAUGUAUUUCCAAAACCAACGCUUAUUUCUGAAUGGGUGUAUUGAGGUUAAAACUGAACUUUCGCCAGAUCAGCUUUUGGAGCUGUGUAAACAGAUUGAGUAUGAGGAGCUCAAGCGGGUUAAAGAAUUUGAAAAUGGUCCUAGAAGCAUUGAUCUCGACAUUAUUCUUUACAAAAAUGGCGACGGCGAAAGUGUAACUAUUACUUCUGACAAACUGGUAGUCCCGCACCCCCGUCUGAUUGAAAGAACCUUCGUGAUGGAACCUUUAUGCGAGUUAAUCAGCCCUGAUGAAAUACAUCCGGUUACAGCAGAGCCAAUUUAUGUUCAUUUGAAUCAACUUUACGAACAGGGACGCGCCGAAGAUAUAUUAUGGAAGGUGAUUCCGCUGCCUCGCAUGAACGAUGAAGACAGAUUUCUCAAGUUCAAAAAUAAGUCAAAGAGGGACCCAUUUAAUGGUCGUGUCAUCAAUGCGACGGUGUCGCCAACUAUAACAAUGGGCAUUCUCAAUACAACCCCAGACUCCUUUUCCGAUGGUGGGAAAUUUGAUAAGGGUCUUGACUUGUCUCUUUCUAGGGCUGAAAGUAUGGUAAAGGAGGUGUUGAAACUGAAUAACCAAGUGAUAAUUGACAUUGGCGGUUGCUCUACCCGCCCCAAUUCCGAACAAGCAACUCUGGACCAAGAAAUUGAACGGACUAUUCCGCUGAUACGAGCAAUCAGAGCAUCGAAAUCGAUCCCACAAACAAGAGUCAUCCUGUCGAUCGAUACUUACCGUUCACAAGUUGCACAGUCUGCUAUUGAAGCAGGGGUGGAUUUGAUAAACGAUAUUUCGGGAGGGACAUUUGACCCUCAGAUGUUUUCCGUAUUGGCUAAAAAUCCAACCACAGCAUAUGCAAUGUCACACAUCAGAGGUGACAUUCAAAACAUGAACAAGCUGGCAGUAUACAGUGAAGAAAUGGAUAACGAGGAUGCUCUGGACUUCAUUGGUGAUCAAGAGUUGAAAGGCAAACAAUUGUUUUUGAUUCGACACAUCGCAAGAGAGCUCGCACAACAAUACAUAAAAGCCGUUGAUGUGGGUGUUCGCCGCUGGCAGAUUAUACUCGAUCCUGGCAUUGGAUUUGCAAAACAAGCAAACCAAAAUUUAGAGAUCAUCAGAAAUUUGAACUUGCUCAAGAAUUAUAGUUUACUUGAAGGCGCCAAUUUUGUUAAUUUCAAGAACUUGCCGGUGUUGGUAGGCCCAUCCCGCAAGAAGUUCAUCGAGCAUAUAACAGGAGAAACGAACGCCGCCAAGAGAGAUUUCACUACCGGGUCCGUGGCCACCGCGUGUGUCAGCUACGGUGCUGACAUCAUACGAGUUCACGAUACCGCAAACUGCGUCAAGAGCAUAAAGAUGGCAGAUGCUAUGUACAGGCCAUCAGAGUAG